CUAAGUUAGGUGUAUCUAGAUUGUUUUGAGAGAUGAGUUGAGCUGAAUGCUCUGCUCGGCUAACAGUUAGCAUCCAAUCUCAGAAGUUUAUCUCCGGGGGGCGGACAGGCUCCAACAUGCCGAGGCUUGAGGACGGCCACGGAGGGGAUUUAAGGAGCAGCUGUUAAAUGUGUUGACUGUAUGAAGACAGGCAACUGUUAGUACAGGAUGCCAGAGAUGACUGAAACUCAGACACCUGGUCGUAAACCCAAAAAGAAGAAAAACAAAGAGUCUCACAAUGCAGUUGAGAGACAUCGAAAAGAGAAGAUUAAUGCUGGGAUUAACCGCAUUGGUAAUCUUCUGCCCUGUUCCCAGGCACUUAAACAGAGUAAGAACAUGAUCUUGGACCAGGCGUUUCGAUACAUCACUGAACUGAAGAAACAAAAUGAUACAAUGCUUCUGGAAGGAGGAGAUAAAGUCCAAGCUGAGGAGAUCCGACGACUGCGACGUCAGUUGGAGGAGCUGAGGAGGGAGAGCGCCCACUACAUCGAGCUCCUCAAAGCCCAUGAUAUUAACCUUCUAGAAGACCCCACUAUUCAUUGGAAGGGCAAACAGCGCUGUGCCAAGGUGGCAAAGGUGACCCCCACUCACCAACUCCCAAAGGGGAUCAUCGUCUAUUCCAACGACAACGUGGUGUGUCCAGCAGGAAAGGAGACUAGCCCAGCGAAACAACCUUCUGAAACAUUAAUUCUUCAGCCACCUUCUGAGGUCAGUGCCAGGUUGAGCGUUAAUGGAGCCCUGCUGCAGGUUAAUACCUCUUCUUCCACCCCUGCACUUCUCCCUGGGUCGGCUGCCACUCCCACCCAGUCCACACCGGGCCUGAGAAUGAUAGAGCAGUGUGUGGUGGAGACACCGACUGCAGCCCCCACUCUGCCACCCUCUGUGUCUUACAUCACCCUUCAGAUCCCUGCAGCCACCUCAGCCCUGCCACCGCAACCGCAGCCUGCCACCCCAGCCCCGACCCUCACCAUAGCAGCCACUUCAUCCUCACAGCUCCCCGGUGAAAGCCCAGCUCAGUCCAAUCUCACCACACUUACCCAGGCAAUAACCACAUCCAGAGCAGCAGCUUCAGAGGUUUGCUCUUGGGUUACACAGGACACUGCCAUCAGGACUGUAGGUUACACUGCUGUCCCCAACAGCCAAGCCCUUCUCAGGGCUGGGGCAGCUGGCAGCACACAGACUACCUGGACAACGCUGCAGAUGGCAGGGAACACAGUUCAGCCAGUCUGCCAGAGUCUCCCAACCUCAGAGGUCAUCAACACCACGCAGGCAGUCCAGCAGGUGACUGUGUGUCCAAUGGGCAACAAAUCUUCUGUCCAGCCCAUUCAAAUACAGAUGCAACCACACGUGCCUGUACAGCAAGCACCCAUUACAGCCCACAUUCAAGCACAACCCUUUCAGAGACCACCCCAGCUACGGCCAACAAUCCUGAACCAGGCACAGCCUCAACCUGUCCUAGCCCCUCAACCUCAAUGUGCUGUUCUCCCACAGGCAGCAAUAGUACCCCAGCCAGCUGUGGUGGCUCACCCUGCCAUCGUGUCACAGCCUCAGCCCCAGCCUGCUGUACUCCAACCGGCGUCAUUGGUUCCCCAUCCUCCAACAGCCCUCAUUCCUCAGACUCAGCCCACCCUGGUGCCCCAGCCCCAGGCCACCGUGCUUCCCCUCCUUCAGACUAUGCAGGUGCUGCAGGUCAACCCAACCGGAGGAGCGGCUUCAGGUGUAACAGCACCACAGAACACUAACAACCCAAGCGUGGUCAUCCUACAGCAGGCAAGUACUUGCCCAACCCAGUCAGUCGUAAGGGAGGAAAUAACCAAUCAGACACCUUGUCAACACAUUGUAAUCAUCCAGGCACCCAAUCAGGCUGUAGCUGCCCCUCAGAAUCCUCAGGUGGGCAUGGUGCCUGCACCCGUGCCUGCUGCAGUACCUGUCGUGUCCACUCAAAUCCCCACAACCAGCAGUUCAGCAUCUGUCACUUCCUUGCAGAGUGUUGGGGGAAAGCAGCUGGUGCACAUUCUCCCUCGCCCCGUUCAGCCUCAAAUGAACCAUCCCCUUCAGGCCAGCCAGGCCUCCUCUUCCCCACCAGUUCCGCCAGCUCCACAGACUAUCACUGUGAACGGCCAGGUGUUUGCCUUGCAGCCCAUGAAGACUUCUGACAAACCGAGCUCCCAGGGUGGCCAGAGUACACUCCAGCUGGUCCAGCCCACCACCACCGAGGAACCAACUACUAAUGUGGCCCUCAACAGUUUAGGGGCACUUAGCAGUCUCAAUCAGAGCAUCUCUCAGGGUCUUCCACUUACCAUUUCUAACCAGAACAAUGGUCAGCCUCCAGCUACUCCAUCGUCAGUGGUCCAGCAGAAGCAGCCGAUUGCUCCAGCAUCCGUCCCUGGAACCACACUUGCUCUACCUGCUCGGCAGCUACAGGUUCCCCUUCCAGUCAGAUCCGGACUGGUGGUUACCGCCUCUAAGCCUACAGGAAAGAGACUUCGAACAAGGGCAGCAGCUAAAAGGACUAAACCAGCUAAGAAGAAAGAGCUCAGUCAGGCACAGCCGGCUGCUGCUGCUGUUGUUGUUUCAGCCAAGCCAGUGGCUGCCGCAGAAGAAAGCCAGACAGUUCAACAUACAGUAUCUGAAGUUUUACAGUCCUCAACUGUAAAAGUCACAGACGUUCCCCCUACAUGUACCGCAGCUGUUACAACAACAGAGUGUAGUGAAGCUAUCGCAAACGUCACCUCUACACAAAACAGUCAGAUAAUGAUUGUGUGUAGUUCAUCUAACGAGUCAACUGUACCGAGUCAGUCCCAUCUGCCGAGCAAAAGUUCUGUCAGUGCAACUCAGGCUGACGUCAUAUUGAGUCAUACUAACACUAGUGGUGUGGCAGCUGCAGUGACAGCUAAUAGUACCACAUCGGUCAAGCCAUCGGUUAGUGCAGCUGUGGUCGUUGAGAGUAAACAGGCUGUAGCGUCUGGCAACAACUCAACUGUAGCCAGACACUCGGUUCCAGAGGUUAAACAGGCAACCACCAGUUCAGCAACUGGCACGACACAAAGUAAGUCGGCUGCCACUGCUGCCGCUUCUAGACCGAGCAAAUCUGCCGUCAGUUCUGCAGGUACCACCGAGACUCGGUACACUCCCGCUACCGUUUCCGCAGCGUGCCUGACUCCGGUCUGCACCAGCAGUAUCACAGCAACUACACCGGUAUCUUUAAAUCAGGUGACACAACCAACUUCAGUAUGUCAUACCCAAGCUCCUCCGCCCUGUAAUAAACCUUUAUCUCAGACCACUACUUCUCCCUUGGUGUCGGCAACUGUGGCUCUUUCAUCACCUGCUGCAACUCUUUCUACAGCGCACAGCUCCGUCACAGCUCCCACAACCAGUUCGGAGUUUAGGAAACGGGUCACUACCAGUAGAGCUCCAACACAGCAGACUGACGUGAACAUGCCCAACCCCUCCCCCUGCCAUCCUACUGAAGUCAAACCGCCCCAGCCCCCUAGAAGAGACAGGGAGGCUCAGGUAGAGAGACACUCCACAGUGGCAGAGAAAGACGGCUUGGUGGCAGCGACUUCUGACACUCCCUCUAGAAAGGAUUUUGCCCUAUCUCAACAGGUGUACACUAACCUGGACGAUCAAACUAUCGAGCACUCGAUGACAUCCAGCAGACAGACAGAUUCUCCCAUGUCUACAGGGGCUGGGGGAGGCAGAGGGUUCUCUGUGGCAUCCAUGCUUCCCCAGGGCCACAGUAUUAGUGCAUCAUCCGGCUCCUUUGGAACAUUUACAUUCACCUCCGAGCAAGCAGAAAUGCUCGCCUUGGCCAUGCUUGAACAGGACAGUCCAGGAAGGCGGAGUGGAGGCUGCUCCGGGGACAAUACUGCUUCAGCAAACCCCACCACAGCCACCUGGGAACCCCCCAAAACGCCGCCAGUGUCCAGCAGUAAAGAAAGGGGCUCAGCUGGACAACAAACAAAAGUGACUAAACCCAUGGACACGGUAACGGUUAAACCCUCUGUGCAGGUAUCUGUCAGAGGACAGGCCGGGGAGGGGUCUGUCAGUGGGCCAAAUGGAAGCAGACAUCCACAAAACAUCACAUACUCCCAGUCUCACUCUCUCCCCCAGGUCCAGUCUCAGAGCUCAUCCCAGAGCGGCACUGUGGCUAGUCUUAGUGUCAACAAUCUAAUCAGGCCCAGCUCCACACAGCAGCCUUACCCUGGCUCUCCCAGUCUAGCUGGACAACAGGGCUCAGUCCCCUCACCUGUGGGUACUUCGACCCACAUAUCCCAAACCUCAAACAAUGCCCUCUCACCCUGCUCAGGGGCAGGCCAACUGAAUGAGUACACCCCAAGUGCAUUGAUGAGGGCUCAGGCUGGAGGUGGCGUGGGUGAGCGACAAGUUAAGAUCAUCUCCAAGCGGCAGGCCCAGGAGGAGGUAAUGCUAAACACUGGAAAACGGCCCAAGCCUUGCGCUCCGUCAGCUACCACCGUUAGCCAUAUGGAGGUGAAAGCACCCGACCACAGCCAGAUGAUGGUGGGACAGCUGCCUCCUACAUCUGUAGCUGCCAUGGCCAGGAUCAAUCCAGAAAGCGCAGGUCCCCUCUUCUCGACAAACUCUUUCAUGAGCCCAGUAGUUCGGCCCACAGAUGGACACUGCCCUCCUCAAGGACCUCCUGAGCAAAACCAGCCAGGUGUGCUUCAUCUACCCCAGGGUCAUCCACAGCAUGCCGCAAACCAGCCUGGCCAGCACCUGGGUGGAAACCUUUAUAUGAAACAACAGCAGCAAGAGCAACAGAGACACCAUUUAUAUCAUUUGCAGCACCACCUGACACAGCCUGACCCUGCACAGCGCCACUCACUACACCAGAGGGCGCUCCAGCAGCAGCAGGAGCAGCAGCAGCAUGUCCAGAAGAAGCGAACACUUGUAAGAGGCAGUCAAACUGGUUCACCUGCUGGCCUGCAACAGAAGCAGCAUCACCUGGAAAAGUCUGGAGUUCAGCAGCAGCAGCCCCACUCACAUCAACAACAGACACAGCAUCAACAGCACACGCAGCAGCAGCAGCAGUCACAGCAGCAUCAACAACAAUCGCACCAACAAUCGCAGCAGCAUCAACAGCCGACACAGCACCAACAGUCUCAUCAUCAACAGCAGACACAUCAACAGCAGCCACAGACGCAGCAUCAACAACACCAACAGCAGCAGCAGCAGUUACAACAGCAGCAGAGCUCUCACUCCAGACACCAGCAGCAUCUGCAGCAGCAGAUCCAACAGCAGCAGCAACAGCAGCAGCACUUUAGACACCAGGAGAAGAGCUGUGAAGCCCAGGCAGCAGGAUCCAGGGCCCAUCACAGCAGCCACCUGGCCCAACAGGAGCACCUUAAGCCUGGUCAGGACCAUAACGCUAUGCAGAGGAUGAUGAGCUCAAGGACUCUGGAGCAGCAGCUCAUCUCUCCUCCCAGCAAUCCUGUGUCCCGGUCAUCUGACCUGGCCUGCGCUCCGUCGCGUCAGGAACGCCACCGUGUUUCCAACUACUCCGCCGAGGCGCUCAUCGGUAAAAGCUCCACCAGCGGUGAACAGCAACAGCGCAUGGGUCUCCACCUUCAGCCUGGCCGCGGCGCCACACAGGAGCAGCCGGACCUCCGUGGUUACCUUGACACGUCACGAGGCAAGGCCAACAUUGCACACAACCCACAGAACCGCCUACCCUCUGACCAUCCGGGGUCCGCCGAUGUUCAGCGGGUCUCAGAGUGUCCGCCGUUCAAAGCCAUGGGAGGCGGAGGAGCACAUCAACUCAGUGGUUUUGAGGCCCAGGUGUCUCGUGGGAGUGACAUGGCCCCCAAGUCGGUGCCGCCCUCCCAGAGGGGGCCUCAGGGGCAGCAGCAGGGAGGGUUCAGGAUGGCUGUUGGUCCUCCAGCAGAUGGCAGGAACCGUGGCGGCUACAGUACAGCUCAUCCCGGCUCACAGGGGAUACAGGUCGGACCAGCACUGCCGCGGGAGCAGGAAGGUUGUCACCAGAGUUUCAUGCAAAGCCUCCUUUCUCCACACCUGCCUGAGCAGAGCAACCACCAGCGAGUGCAGUGCUGUCCUCCAGUCAGCAUGGAGUACAGCUGUGUGCCUGGAAGCUCUUCAGGAGACAUACAGGCCAAGUCCUCCAGCCCCAGUGUUCCCCAGACACAGAAGGCCCCGGCUAUGAGGCUUGGAGAGGGCAACAAGGGCCAUAUUUCUCAGGUCAGCAGUAAUAUGCAUGGAGGCCCAGGUGUGCGCGCAGGUCUCCCCCACCCUCCAACCCCACACAGCAGUUCUGAGCCAGGCCGCUCCUCCGCCCCCUCCAGACCUCCCACCGCUGUCAGCCAGCACUCUCGCCACAUCGCCAGAGAAACUCAGCCCACCAAGCUGAGGCCUGGCGACAGGGCUCGAUCGGGUACUCUGAGACACAGCAACCCCUUUGAGCCCGAGGGCCACCUGCCUCUGCCCUCCGGAGGUGGGGUGCUGCUGAGCAGGCCACAGUCUGGAGGAGAGGCCCGACGCAGCACUAUCGUUCGCUUUAUGGCAGAUAGCGCUCAGGUUCCCAGUGACAACAACCUGGUUCCUGACCAACACCUCACACAAAACUUUGGUUUCCCAUUUAUUCCAGAGGGAGGGAUGAAUCCACCACCUCCCAUCAACGCUAACUCCACUUUCAUCCCACCAGUCAGCCAGCCCAAUGCCUCCCGUACGCCAUCCCUUCUGCCUGUGGAGCCCCAGAACACUUUACCCUCCUUCUACCCUUCCUAUUCUCCAGCUGCUCACCCCAGCCUUCCCAGCGACGUCACCCUUCAAUACUUUCCCAACCAAAUGUUUACCAGCCCAAGUGCCGACAAAGGCAGCGCUCCUCCACUCAACAACCGCUUUGGCUCCAUCCUCUCUCCGCCUCGCCCUGUGGGUUUUGGCCAGGCCAGCUUCCCUUUGCUUCCAGAUAUGCCCCCUAUGCCAAUUGCCAACUCAUCUGGAAUCACCCCUCACAUAUCCAACUUCAGCCUCACCUCAUUGUUCCCCGAGAUCGCCACAGGCAUGCCCACUGACGGUUCGGCCAUGCCGAUGUCUCCCCUGCUCUCCCUCUCGAACACGUCGUCUGCCGACUCUGGCAAGCAGCCAAAUCGCCCUGCCCACAACAUCAGUCACAUUCUGGGCCAUGACGGCAGCUCAGCUGUGUGAGGAAAGAAGUCCUGCUGCAUUUUAAUGAACCGGUGUUCUGAAGCAAAGAGUUUUCAUUUUCAGUUGGGAAUGUGUUUUCUUUUUAAAAUGUUCAGGAAGUCGCGGUGAAGCACCUGAUGAACGGUUUCUAGGUUGAAAUGACAUCACGUCUGCCUGGUGUCGAUUUUUCGUUGUUUACAUGUUCGGUUUCAGUCUCAAAAUCAGUUCUGGCAUAUCGAUGUCAAAGUUAUCAUCUGUAAUAUUUAAAAAAUCUUGAUUUUUUAAGGUGACAGGAAGAUGUGGUCCUUUUUUUUUUAAAGCUCUCUGUUUUAAAAUGUUUUGAUCAUAAGACAAAAUGAAAUGUAGGUCUAGAACAUGAAUUCAGUGAAACCUUCUGCACAGUUACCUACCAAUGUAAUUUACUAACUUAUAUCAGGUUAUACUGUACAGAAUCUUUCUUUUUUCUUUCCCAAGAGCUAUUUUGUAAAUACCAAUGUUUCAUAUCAGAACUGUUAGAUUAUGUAUGUAUUUGUAAAUACAAAAUUGAUUAAUAAAGUUUAUAAGGAGACAUUUGUAUUUGCAA